AUAAAAAAAUAUUUAAUACUUUAACAAUUAUAAACCAUAAAAUGGAAGAAAGUGCUUUACUAUCAAAUAUAGCCGUAAUUAUAAGCAAGGACAUACUGGUAGAUGAGAAUAAUGGCCAUAAGAAACCUAAACAUUUUCUGUGGCAUUGUAAUGACACCGAAACAAAUGUUAACGCAGAAUCACGUUUUCCUUUACUCGAAGCAGCAGACAAUGAAGCAGAAGAUUUUUUUCUAAAACAACACAUUUCUGAGGCAACUCCAUCAAGUGGGAAUAGAGUAGGCCGUAAGCAGGAAAUGCCAACAACUAGUCAAAAGGCGAAUAAAAAAAGGAAACUUACACAAAAACUGGAAAAUUUUAAUAGGAAACACAAAAAGUUAAGAGACGAUAAGUUGAAGCCCAUUUCUACUAGGACAAAGGAAGUAAAUCUUUUAAAUGAAUUUGAAAAUGUUGAGUUUGAGGGCUAUUUGCAUAUGUGCAAAAUGAGUUUUUUGAAAACUUUUCAAUUCAUCCGACAUUUAUUUUCACCAUCCACCUUUGCCGCUGGUGUACCACCUCAAACUGUAUUCUCUUUAUCACUAUGGAAACUUACCACCGAUGAACAUUUUGAAGAAAUAGCCAAACGCUUCAAAAUAUCUCAGAACGACUGUGAGUCCAUCAUAAGUCAGUUUUGGCAUAUAAUUUCGGAUAAAUACGAAUCCUACAUAAAAUGGCCAAAUUCCCAGGUCUCACAACAAUUACAACUGGAGGGUUUCCAAAAGCAUUCCCAAUUGAAAAUAUUUCCCAAUCUAUUUGGUGUGCUAGCCAUUAAACGUUUGGAUAUUUUUUUGGCCUCCGAAGAUUCGGAAAUUCCCAUUAUAUUGCAAAUAGUGUGCGAUGUUGAUCAAAAAGUAAUUGAUUGCUUUGUAGAACUCGAACAGGACUAUACAUUCGACGAGACACCAAUGGGACAAAUAUUGGCUUUAAAUGAAAAUACCAUGCCAAAAGAUUGCUAUCUAAUUGGAAAUAAAAGUUUUCCUCUUAAGCCGUAUUUAAUGAAACCUUUUUCGAAUCCUUGCUUUCGCAAGGAGCAUGAGUUUAAUAGUUUAUUGGAACCGGCUUUAAAAUUGGCUUACGAUACUUUGGAUAUUAUGGCCAAACGUUUUAAUGCUCUGUAUGCAUUGGAAGCUAAAGAUUUGGCUGAAGUUCGUAAGAUAUUGGAGACGAUUUGUGCACUACAUAAUUUAAGUGUGUCCAUUGAAGAUGACUAUGUGGAUCGUAAACGUGAAGUGGUUUCAUUUAAUUGGGCUUCGGAUAAUAAUGAUGGAUAUGCUAUAGGCAAUGAACAAAGUGUUCAAGGUUUACAAAAACGCAGUGAUUUGGUUGAUGUUGUGGUGAAAUAAAUUUCUAAUUAAUAAAUAAAAUAUGAAAA